AUUUUCACCCGUUUUGUUGUUAAUUCUUCAGGUUGCAAAUUUGAAAGUUUGUGUUUUGGAGGGUCGGCAGUGAGAGUUGUUGUAGGUGAAGGUUAAGGUUAAGGUAAUAGAAGAGCAAAGAGGAUGGUGAGGCUCACUGCAGAUUUGAUUUGGAAAAGCCCUCACUUCUUUAACGCCAUUAAAGAGCGGGAGUUGGAUCUUCGAGCUAACAAAAUCCCUGUUAUUGAAAACUUGGGUGCUACAGAGGAUCAAUUUGACACCAUUGAUUUGUCUGACAAUGAAAUUGUCAAGCUGGAAAACAUGCCCUAUUUUACUCGCUUGGGCACUUUGCUUAUCAAUAACAACAGAAUUACCCGAAUUAAUCCCAACAUCGGGGAAUUUCUGCCGAAAUUACAUACCCUCAUUCUUACAAAUAACAGGCUUGUCAAUUUGGUGGAUAUUGAUCCUCUUGCUUCUCUUCCAAAACUGCGCUUCCUUAGUCUUUUGGAUAAUAAUAUCACUAAAAAACCUAAUUAUAGACUCUACAUCAUUCACAAGCUAAAGUCACUCUCUGUUCUUGAUUUCAAAAAAGUUAAAAGCAAGGAGCGAAUGGAAGCAGAAAAUUUGUUUGCAUCCGAAGAAGUUGAGGAGGAGGCUAAAAAGGAAUCUGCUAAGACAUUCACUCCCGGUGAGGUUCCAAAUAUUACAGAAGUUGCAUUGGAACAGCAGACUCCAAAAUUGGUUGCUCCUACACCUGAGCAAAUUAUAGCAAUAAAGGCUGCUAUUGUGAAUUCUCAAACUCUUGAAGAAGUUGCCAGACUCGAAAAGGCACUGAAUUCAGGUCAGCUUCCAACAGAUCUGGAGAUUUUUAAUAAUGAUACUGAGCCCAAUAUUGUCAAGGACAAAGAUGAUACGAUGUGCACUGAUGAUGAUAAUGAGACCGAUGAUAAAGCAAUACAUCUCGAUGAGCAGAAAGAUUCUGAAUCUGUACCAAUGGAAUAGCAAUAGAGGAAGGUGUUUUGGAUGCAACCGACGAUAAAUUUUACCUUUCAGCAUUCCUUGCUGGGAAUGUGGAUUAUAUCGAUCUUCCGCAACAUUUCAGCAGUUCUUCUGUGCAACUACCGUAGACCUUUUAUUCGAAUAUUUUUCCUUUCUUGGUUCAUCUUGCAGAUGUGUGUAUAUCAUACAAGACAAGUUAAUAGUUGGACUUUUUUAGGAAUGGAUUCUCUUUGAAAGUAGAUAUUUUGGAUGGAUUUGAUUCUUCUUAACCCGAUGAUAUGUAUGUCUCUGAUGCAACCGUUUGACUCCUGAUUGGUGAGAAACAAUUCGAAGCUUAGAACA